AUGAAGUUCUCUGAGAUCCUGGCUUUCUCCGUGGCCUUUGCCACUGCGACUGCUGCUCCCGCGAAGCGCACUGAUACCGUCGAAAUUACCUUCCACGGUGCUGCCGGUGCUCAGUUCACGCAGAGCUUCCCUACGGAUGACACCACUACUUCCAUCUACAACCCGCUCAGCAUCUCCAAAAUCUCAUCCAACACUAAUCUCGUCGAGUGCUCAUUCACUGGCGUGGACGGCAGCUUCACGACCGUUGAUGGCGCCGUUUCGAGUGACGUCGGACCUCCUCAGACCCAGGUCUCCGGAACAUGCUUCAAAUUGCCAUCGCAGCGCCGCCGCAGCAGAGAUGUUGCGAUUACAUUCAUCGGUGCCGCCGGUGCACAGUUCACGCAGAGUUUCCCUAUUGAUGACACUGUUCAGACAAUUAGCAACCCUUUGAGUAUCUCUCACAUCUCAAACAGCAAUGACGGUGUCGAGUGCUAUUUCACCGGUGUUGACAACAGCUACACCGUUGUUGAUGGUGCCGUCGAGGUCGACGUUGGACCCCCUCAGACCCAAGUUUCUGGACAGUGCUUUGAGCUGCCCACCCCGGCCCGUCGCUCUUACGGCGGUGCUAAGGUUACCUUCAUUGGCGCUGCCGGUGCAAAGUUUGCUCAGCGUUUCCCUCUGGAUGGGCUGACUUACGAUAUCACCAACGUCCUGAGCAUUUCUCACAUUGAAGUGGAUGAGGCGGGUGUUUCUUGCACAUUCGAUGGUGUCGAUAACUCUGUUACCUCUGUCACUGGUCCUAACACUGUUGAUGUUGGUCCUCCUCAAACUCAAGUCCGGGGAUCCUGCUGGUAA